AAAGUAUAAAAGAAGAGAGUUACGUUCUAGAAGCGUCGUCUAUCUCCACCUUUGAAGGGUCUCUCUGGCACGCAGCGAAGGAAUCAAAUCGAAAAUUUCAGACACUCACUCUUCUCUCCUCUCAUCACUUUCCACUCAUCUAACGGACUUUUCUGCAGAUGGCAGGAAGAGAGGUUCGAGAAUACACCAACCUCAGCGACCCCAAAGAUAAAAAAUGGGGUAAAGGAAAAGAUAAGAUUGACGAUGAAGACAUUACUUUCCAACGCAUGGUUGCAAAGGGAUCUUGGCUUCCUGUAUUGGGUGGCUGAUGCAAGCAGAUGCAAGAGGUUGCUGGGGAGCGUGGAGGUUACCUUCAUGGGCGAGGCGCUUUGGACAGUGAUGAUCUACUUUAUCUCAAGGAGCAAAUGGAAGCUGAGGAGGAUGCAGAACGCCUCCUGCGCCGCACGGAAAAACGGGCAUUUGCUGCAUUUAAGAGAGCUGCAAGUUUAGCAGAUUCUUCACCUGCAUCAGUACCAUUGGCAUUUCGUGUUGAACCGAAGCCAAAAAGUGGGAUCAGGCAGCAAGAUUUGUUGAAGAAAGUUGUUGAGAUUAAACCUAAGCGGCCAAGAUCUGACAGCAAUCAGCCAACACUAGCAUCUAGUAAUGCCCCAUUCACAACUCGUAAGCCUGAUCAUGAUCCUCCGAAAGAGAAGGAGCAGUCUUUGCCGGGACCAAAGAAAGUGGAGGAGCAACCUUUGUCUGGAUCAAAGAAAGCCGAGGAACACGCUUCACUGGGGUCACAUGAAGCCGAAGCCACGCCUAAGGCUGAAAUCUCUGGCGGGGGAUUACUGGGCCUAGCAUAUGCAAGUUCUGACGAUGAUGACGAUGAAUGAUCAGUAAUGGCAGUUUGAUGGUAGAUCACUUCUUUCCGCCAUCUUUGUAGGUUGUAGUUUUAGUACAGAAUGCUUGAUUUGUUUAGAGUAAGUAUUAAAUUAUAGCCAAGGUAUAAAAAGUUCCUUGUAUGAAGUUGAAGGUUGGAAAAGAAAAUGAAGUGUUAGUCCAUUACUAUACAACUAGAUCCAAGAUACAAUUUUGUACGCGAUCAUCUAAUCUUAUUAAAUGUGACAGUUUUGUUUUUCUUGCUAUAA